AUGUCAACCCCUCCCGCCAAGACCGACGCCAUCAUCAUUGUCGGCGCCGGCAUCUUUGGCCUCAGCACGGCAAUCCAUCUUGCUCGCCGAGGAUACACAGACGUCACCGUCUUUGACAAGCAGCCGUACGAAAAGACCUUGUACUCUUACACUGAAGGCUGUGAUGCUGCGUCUGCCGACAUCAACAAGAUCAUCCGCUCCGCAUAUGGAGCUCAAACAGAGUACCAGGGCCUCAGCGCCGAAGCUCUCAAGGCUUGGGAUGCCUGGAACGCAGAGCUCAAAGCUGGCGGCUCAUCAGUCCCUCCAGGCAUGACGUCCAACGACGUCGUCUGGAUCAACAAUGGCUUCCUCUCACUAUCCGAUGCAACAACCCUCCCGGACUUUGAGAGAGCCACCGUGGACAACAUGGAAGCUGCAGGCCAGAAAGGAACACAGCUCAUCAACAAUGACGACAACCAUCUAAAACUGGCGGCAGAGAAGGGCAGGAGUUCGGCGAUGCAACCUUUCAGCAAGGAAGCGCUCGGGGUGCUUGACACCACAGGCGGUAUUGCAGUGGCCGAUAAAGCGUGCCGCUUUGCUCUCCAUAAGGCCAAGUCUCUCGGCGUGCGCUUUAUUCUCGACCCAGCUGCCGGCCGUCUGGCAUCCACCAUUCAAGACUCCAGUGGCAAAGUCACUGGUAUCCAUACAGCAGACGGUAAAUCCCACUCAUCGGCCAUUACAAUCAUCGCCGCUGGUGGCUGGACACCGACCCUCGUACCAUCCCUCGACAACCUCGCCGAAACGACCGCAGGCUCCGUCAUAAUCCUCAAGAUCCCCGAGUCCUCACCUCUCCGUGAUCGAUUCUCACCUUCACGUUUCCCAUCGUUUUCGUUCAACAUGCGAGAAGGAGCCAAGGGCGGAAUAUACGGUUUCCCCGUGGAUGAGCAUGGUCACCUCAAGAUCGGCUACCGCGGAACCAAAUACACGAACCCAAAGGUGCAGGCAGACGGCCGAGAGCGCAGUGAGCCUGUCACAAGAUGGACCGAGGGCGACCAAAUUACCAAGAUUCCAGAGCAGGCCCUGCGUGUCUUGCGCAAGUUUCUGUCUGAUUAUCUCCCCGAACUAGAAGCUGAGGGCAUUGACAUCUGGUUAACAAGACUGUGCUGGUACAAUGACUCCUUCGACAACCACUAUGUGAUCGGCCACGUGCCUGGUCAUGAGGGUCUGGUAGUCGCAACUGCUGGGAGUGGACACGCCUUCAAGUACCUUCCAAACAUUGGAAACUGGGUUGUCGACAUCCUAGAAGGUGUCGGUCUGGAUAGACCGGCAGUGAAGGCGUGGCGAUGGAGAGAGAAGAAAACUGAACAGGAGGUUGUGAAUAGCCUCAUGGAGGGGUCAAAGGGGGAGAGAGCUCUGAGAAACACUCCUCUCGUAUCAGCAGAUGCACCAAAUUCUUAA